ACCUUCUCCUCAUCUUUUGCAGAGCUGCGUUGCAUCCCCGGGCAAUUCACUUGCCGUAGCGGUUCAGUCCAGUGCAUCCCCUCCAAGUGGCAGUGCGAUGGGUGGCCCACCUGUGAGGAUGAAAGCGAUGAAGUUGGCUGCCCAAACUAUACAGGGGACCAACGAAUUUAUCACGGGAAGGAAAAUGUGGAUUCCAGGCACAAUCGCGGAAGAGGAGGGGACACGACAAGGUUCCACACCAUCAACAUGGCGCAGCCGGUUCGAUUUAGUAGUUUCCUAGGGAAAUGCCCAUCAGGUUGGCACCACUAUGAGGGCACUGCCAGUUGCUACAGGGUGUACCUAAGUGGAGAGAACUACUGGGAUGCUGUACAGACAUGCCAGAAGGUGAAUGCUUCCUUGGCCACCUUUACCACUGACCAGGAGCUGAAGUUCAUUCUGCAGCAAGAGUGGGACGCCGAGGAGAAGACUUUUGGCCGGAAAGAUCAACGCCGGUUUUGGGUUGGAUAUCAGUUCGUCAUCACCAACCGGAACAAUUCUCUCGAAGGCCACUGGGAAGUUGCUUAUAAAGGCUCCUCCGAAGUAUUUCUGCCCCCCAAUCCUACAUUUAGUACCUCUCUCUCCAAAAACGAAAACAUCCUCUGCGCCCAAUUUCAAUGCUCCCACUUCCCAAUUCUCCGGCACCACGGUUUUCACAGCUGGUACGCGGAGAACUGCUAUGAAAAAUCGUCCUUCCUUUGCAAGAGAAGCCAGACCUGCGUGGAUAUCAAAGAUAACAUUGUCGACGAAGGCUACAACUUCACACCUAAAGGGGACGACCCCUGCUUAAGUUGCACAUGUCACAACGGCGAGCCGGAGAUGUGCGUGGCGGCGUUGUGCGAGCGGCCGCAGGGCUGUCAGCAUUACCUAAAGGAUCCCAAGGAAUGCUGCAAAUUUACCUGUUCGGAUCCUGAUGGCAACAGCCUGUUCGAUUCCAUGGCCAGCGGCAUGCGCCUCAUCGUCAGCUGUGUCUCUUCUUUCCUCAUUUUGUCCCUCCUGCUCUUCAUGGUCCACCGGCUGCGACAGAGACGCCGGGAGCGCAUCGAGUCUCUAAUUGGAGCCAACCUGCACCAUUUUAACCUGGGCCGAAGGAUGCCCGGUUUCGAUUAUGGUCCAGACGGCUUUGGAACGGGACUCACGCCGCUGCACCUUUCCGACGACGGAGAAGGCGGAGCCUUUCAUUUCCACGACCCGCCUCCGCCUUACACAGCGUACAAAUACCCGGACAUCCAACAUCCCGAUGACCCUCCGCCACCGUACGAAGCUUCCAUCAACCCGGAGAACGUUCUUUGUUCUCCGCCAGAUGGGCUCCAUCCUCAGAUGGGCCCUAACGCUCAGCUGUCCUUAGGAACCGCCGACACAUCUCCGCCACUCCCCGACGCGACUCUUCCUCCUUCCGGCCCGUCCCCAAUGGACCUUGAAAACUCUGCUGACAGCAGCACCCUCCUUGUCCUACCAGACACUCCUUUAAGUGAAAGCACGCUCUCGGAGAGCCUGGCUGGCAACCACCACAGCCACUGCUCUCUGAAUACCAUUGUAUAAAACAACAAAAAAAGCAAAAAUUGGAACACAAUCAGAACAAGAGACACCCCUCCCCCCCAUUAACUGCCAGUCAGCAAUAAACGCCAAGUCAGCUGCUCGCGCAGCCCGACGUACGAGGGGAAUGCUGAAUUCACGGACUAAAGUUCAGAAAUAAAAACUCCCAUGUCUGGCCUUUUUCAGAUUCUCCUUUUGGGUUUAGACUUGGCCUGGGCAGUCAUGUUCCAUUCUUAACCUUACUCUCUUCAGAAGAAGAAGAAGAACAAGAAGAAGAACCAAGUUAUAAAGAUGGCUGUUCGUUUGUUUCCUUUUUUUUUUUUUCUACUGGCAAUGGGGGAAAAAAAGAACAGAAGAUGUCCAGUUUUUAAUUUCUUUUUUCUUUUUUUUAAAGUGGAGGAAAAUUAUGGAUAGAUUUUUGGAGGGCGAGGGGGGGAAAGGGAACAUCCAUCUCACCCCCCCCUCCUAUAAAAUCAUGGAGAAGAAAGAGCAAGCGGUGUAGAAAACGCCCGGAAUGCCAGGGCGUUAGCAUCUUCCAGGAACAGCGCAGCUGGUCAGUGUUGAUUCUCCUGCUUGACCAGUCAUUGGUUAUAAUCUGCAAAUACAGAAGACUAGAUGUUGGGGGUUGUUGGGUAUUUCUGAUCAGCGCACAGGACCAUCAUCCUUUGAAAUAUGGAUCCAAGGAGAAAGAGACAGGCAAAUGGGCCCACAAAGUCUUCAUCAUCCAGUCCUGGUUUCGAAGAAGAACUACAUGAGUUGGCCAAACGCUUGUUUGUUGUCCUAGAAGUAAGCAGUAAGGUUCAAAUCGAUCCGGUUCCUUCACCGUAACGCAUUGUAAUAUUCAACUGGGUCAUUUCAGCUCAGUGACUUGUAUAUGGCAUUCUUCUCUUGACUUUUUUCUCUAUUAUAAAUUUGGGGUGUUGAGUUUUUCGGGACUGAGUUUGGUGUUGGGAUAAUAGAAUUUCCAAGCGGGGAAAAAAAAAAUGUGAUCGGACCAAUCAGUUCACCUUUAAUUUUUCUCUUAUCGCUGUUCAUUUUGCUUUUCAUUCUCAAUCGUUAAGAUUUCUGAGCUUUCUUUAUCCUGCAGGAUUCAUUCGACGCCUUAUAACAGGAGACAAGCAAGGAAAAGAAUUUUGGGGUAGGAAAAAAAGAGUUGUACAGAGACUCGGCCUCACAAACCUUAGCGAAAGUUGUCCCGUGGAUCCUCUUGACGUAUAUGGAGGUUGGAAUUGGGACCUGUUUGGAGAUGGGCCAAGGUGGAUACCCCCGGUCGUAGUCCAGCUUGAAUCUCUGAGAAGGACAUCUAGAACGUAGAAGGAUCUGUCCCCUAAUGCUUCCAUUCAAUUUUCCUACCGAGAGAUCUUGGUGAGAACUUGUAGACGUUGAGUUGAUUGCAACGUGUAGCCAAGCUGAUCUCGAUCCACCGCUGGCCUCUUGCCUCCUGAGUAAGCAUGCCCAGGUUUAGUUAGCAGAAACUUAGCAGUCCUUCGUUGGUGUGUUCCUGUUGCCUUAUGAAAGGUAGGAGGCCUAGAAGGACAGGAGAAACCCAACCCAUGGUUCAGGACUUAAAUGUAUCAGGGUGCCUUCUCAUUUCAACCCUUUUCUCAUUCUUCUUCUGCAUUUCUUAUCUACCCCAGUGUAAUAUUGAUGGCAGGGUUAGCUUUUGGGCCAUUUUAGGAGAGAGAGUUCUAACCUGGCCAAUAAAACUCCAGGUUUCCUUGCGGAAGACCGCAGAUUUAAUCUUCCACAUGUCCAGGGAUCACUUGGGAAGACUCCAGCCUGAAAGGAUGGUCUCCCGUGGGUGUAGACUUCAGAGACCCUGAAGUGGCUCAGUAGAAAGGAAACCGAGUUGUACUUAACAUUGGUUGGCGAAAAUGUGCUUGCAAACAAUCACAAAUCAACUAGAAUCUCAUUUUACGGUACCGCAAUCACGCUGCUAGGCCGUUGCAUCCAGACAAUGCUUUCCCUUGGAAGCUGUGAUAGAUGACAGCUGAGGUAGAACUCCACAAUUCUGCUUUGCUGACCUCUUAGAUCUUGCCCCACAAGAUUGGAAGUCUGGUUCCCACCCCCCCACCCCCCAAAAAAGGGAGGGGGGGUUCUCACUGACCUCGGAGGCACUAAGCGACGUCUGAGUGACAGACAACAAUUUUGCCCAGAGCGAGAAACUUGUAUCUCUCUUUGGACGAGCGUGGAAACGGCUACAGGGCCCUGGAGGGAAACCAACCUUGAGGAUUUCCCCAUUCUUCCUUUCUUGCCUCCUAGCUGUGCCAGCCUGGUACAAAGCAACGUUUUCUCUCUCUCCUUCCCAAAGCCUGGGGUCAGAAUUGUGGAUCCAGGGCAGGUACUGAGCGUUUCUGAAGUCUGGGGCGGGGAGGGGAGGGGGAAAGAAAAGGAAUAAAAAGCGGGUUAUGUGCGUUUUUAGCACACUCAUCAGUUUUAUACAUUGUAGGUACUGACUUUCUUUCUUUGGUUUUUUAGUGUGAAUGGGCUUGGGUGAUUGAGCGUUUAUGACAAAUGUUUUUCAACCUCGGCAGCCGGUGAGGACUUCAACUCCCAGAAUUCCCCAAGCUGGAGUUGAAGGUCCUCCCUUCUUAAAAGUCGCCAAGAGGGAGAAACACUGGUUUAUGAUUGUGAGCGAAGCACAAGAGCGACACGGGAUCGGAAGCUGUUGGCCAAACUACAUGUCCAUGUAAAAAGAGAAGAAUUUGGAAGGGGAAAAAUAUAGGCAAAUACGGAACUAGGGGUACUGUUGUGUUUUGAAAUGGCAAAGCUUUCCUUUUUAACAUAGAUCUAUAAAAAAAAAUCUUUUCCCUAAAAUCAGUUAUGCACCAGGUUAUUCUUGGGUUCACUGUCACUUCCUCACCACUUCAAUGCGAGUUUCAGCAGCUCCCUUAAAGUUCCCAUGUGGAAAUAAAACUUUAAAAUGCUUACUGCACCCUCCCACAAGGAUGGUUGGGGUGUGGUUCACAACCACCCUCGCUCUAUUGGCCGAAGCUCAUUUGUGGCCAUAGCUUGCCAUUUCUUAACCCUAAAACAAAAUUUAAAAGCUUUUCCAUCUCAACAAAUUUGACAAAACAUCCUUUGGUAUUUGAUGUCAGCUUCAUUAGAGAAGACAAUUCUAAGUGGGUGUAAUUUUGGGUUUCUUAUUUCGCCCCCUGCUUUUAACUGAGAGCAUAUAGCAGUUUAGAGGUCAAGAUUCUCCAUUCUGGUUUGGCCUGAAUGUAUCUUUUUUUUUUUUUUGAAAAGCAUUGCUGCAUUGAAUCUAAGUCUUAUUUGUUUGCACCCUCAAAUGGGUCAGAUGUCCUAAUAAACAAGAGAUAAGAUUACAGUACGGAAGUUGGAGACCUGUGAUUAAAAGUCCACCAUUCAUUUCAACUAGACUGGUACAGAUGGAGAAGAAGUAGGAUGCAUUGUCCAACUUCUGAGGAACGGGAGAACUGGACUAAAUUUCAUUUCAACCAGGCUGAUACUGGUGGAGAAAAGGUGGAUGGAUUGUCCAACUUCCAAGCAUCAAGAAAAGUGAACUAAAUCGGUACUAUUCGAUGAGAAACCACUGUUUGCCCGUUCAAUCUCUCCACCAUUCAUUAUUUUGAUUCCCCCUGCCUCAAAAAAAAAAUCAAAGAGCUUGUUGAAACCAAAAAUCCCUUCUUGCUUUAAGGCUGUAACGGGAAAGGUAGACUUGGGAAAAACCUGGAGUCAACCCAUGUGGGGGUUCAAACGAUAAGGGAGCUCUACAGAUUUGGACUCCAGGCCCAUUCGGAUGCGGCCAGCUCUUUUCUAGCGCCAUCAUGCAACGGGGAUGCUCGGCUUUCGUACGCUUGGGAAGGGCAGUGGGUGUGCGCGCGUGAGCAAGUGUGCCAAUCAGUGAAUCACUGCUUUUUAUUUUCUUUUUGGGAAGAUUUUUUUUUUUCCGGCUGAAUUUGCCAGUCUUGUGCUGUCGGUUUGUGGCUGAAUUGAAUUGUGGCAUGUGUGUA